AUGUCGGACAAUAACCCGCUGAAAAUGAGCUCGACAACGAUCCGACGGGCACAAGAAGGCGAGGAAUCGCAGCAGCAAGGCGUGGAUGAUCAGGUGGAAGAUGACUUGCGACCUCCCGUAGACUGCGGGUUGCGCGACGCUCGCAAAGUGGAUCAAUCCAGCUUGUACGACAAAAAAAAAAUAUUCACCAGCGGUGUGUCCCAGUGCUCCAUACAGAGACUGCAAAAUAUAUUGCAGUUUGGCGACCGCUGGAAGUCGACCAGAACGUCGAAGAAAGAUGCUAUAGCAUUGGCAAAACAACUUGAAGAGGAAAAGAAACUUAACAUAACAUUACGAUCCAAGCUGAAGAAAGCACAAUCAGACAAGAAGCAACAAGAGAAUUCAUCUACUGAAGGAAGUUUUGUGCGAUUGCAUUCAACUAUGCAUGAAAACAACUUGACGGACGAUCAGAAUUCUAUUUUGAUGACGUCUAUGAGCAACUUAUCGUUCGCAUCGAUGCAAGUUCCGGAAUGCAAACCAAGCGACGGUGAGGACGACAUAGAUCGCAAAUCUUAUGAGCAAUGGAGAGAAUUACUCGAAGCGUCUAUGCAGCUAGCAGGAGUGUCUGAUGAAAUGACGAAGAUGAACAUCUUCAAGAUAAAGGCCGGACCCAAGUUACUCGACGUUCUCGAGGGAACCGUAUCAAGUCCUGAAUCGCCAGACACACGCACUGAACCGUAUUCGAAUGCGAUCCACAGGCUGAGUUUGUUCUUUGGGUCGCGCGAAUAUUUGUUUAUGCAACGACAAAAGCUCAGAUCGUUGGGCCAGAACAAAGGAGAAACAGAUUCCAAAUACAUUAAACGGGUGAUAGCGAUUGCAAAACUUUGCGAUUUCAACGAAGACAUCUUGAUUGAGCAGGUAGCAGAUGCGGUGCAAACCCAUGCAUCAAAUCGCAAAGUCCGUGAACUCGCUAGAAAAUUUCUGCGUAAAGGUGGACAGCUGGGAGAUUUACUCGAUAAAGUCCGAGCAUUAGAAAUGGAUGAGAUGAACGAAGAAAUGUACGCAAAAAACCACCAGCAAGUGCCGCAGUCAAAUCAGAUAGCAGCUGUUGCUGUUAAUAAAUCAGGAAACGAGAGAUUCAACACUAAUCGGUAUGGAGGUCGGAGCAACCCACAUAACGAACAACAAAGAUUUGGUGGAAAUUGGAGAGGUGCUGCAGGAAGAGGUACGAGUCGUGGUGCAUAUAAGAGAGGUACAUCCACACAGCAAUACAGAUGUUGGAGAUGUUUAAGCAAUCAGCACAAUCCUACAGUUUGUUGGACCAUUCAGCAGACUUGUCAUAACUGUCAACGCAUGGGACACGUGGCGCGAGCUUGCCACCGCACGCCGUCUGCCAUGGUAUUGAAGCGACGCAUCAGCAAUGACGAUAACGAGGGGGCAUCCACGUCGAAGAAAGUUGCUGCAGUUAAGCGCGAUGAGGAUGAAGCAGUUAAAGAUCCUGCAGCGGUAGCGCGAUCCAACUGAUCCGAUGGGCGUCCGAUAGAAAAACCGUUUCUU